AUGGAUGACGACUUGUUGGCAGCACAAAGCUUCAACGGUGGCAUCAUCUUUGUCAGCUAUGUCAUUGCCACCGUUGGUGCACAAACUGCUCUUGAAUUACUCGGUAGACGUACUCACAUCAACGGCAUUCGCAAUUGGCUUUUUCUCAUCGCUGCAGCAUUGGCCAUGGGAGGUGUUGGCAUUUGGUCGAUGCACUUUAUCGGCAACAACAGCUUGACCUUGAUGUAUCAUGAUAACGUGUAUCAUUUAAGUUACUCGGCCGGGUAUACGUUUGCCAGUUUGGUCGUUGCCAUUGCAUGCAUGUUUGUGGCAUUUGCAUUUGUUGGUGUCACCGAAGAGGCACAGGUCAUGAGAAUCAUUCCGAGCGGUAUCAUUGCUGGGAUUGGCAUUGCAUGCAUGCACUAUAUCGGUCAAUUUGCCAUUGAUUUUUUCCAUUUGACUUACAAAGUCGGCUAUGUUGCAGGCGCCGUGGUGAUUGCAUGUGCCGCAGUGGUGACAGCACUUUACAUUUUCUUUAAGCUUCGCGAACAUUGGUCGAAUCGGUGGUACAAACGCUUAGGCUCGUCUAUGCUAAUGGGACUUGCAGUGUGUGGCAUGCACUACACAGCCAUGGCAGGCACUGAGUAUCGUGUGCCAUCCGAAGAUGGAAGCGUACCUGAACCAGCCCUUUCUCAAGCAGCUUUGAUUGGCAUCAUUGCUGCCAUUGUGGUCUUGGCAUGUGGAUUACUUUUAUUCAUUGCUAUCCGAGCAGGCGUGUCGCAUUUGCCAGCGAUCGUGCAAUCCGGCAAGUCGGAACGCCUUAUGUUAGGCGCGGUGUUUUUCGAUCGGUCGGGUAAAAUUCUCGUCAACGUGGAUGGACUUGUCCCAACAAAGGAAGUCCUAGCUGACAUUGACUUUGAGGCCGAUACAACAAAGAAACAUCUUGGCGGAUUCAAUACAAGUCAUCCACUAUUCCUUCGAUUUUUUGAAGCUACACAUCGAUGGGCUAAGCGUAUUCCAAAUCAGCAUUUGCAGCCACAUGCAUCCAGCAGCUAUGACCGAGGAUCGGAACAAUCUUCUACACGCACUCGGGAUCCUUAUGAUGCAGCCGAAAUGUUAUUUUUUGACGCGGCCCGAGAACUCGUUUCCCAAUUACGCUUAUCAUCUCUUGCCGAUCUUGGUAUUUUGUUUGACAAUGUUGUGUCCACCAACACCAUUGCUACUAAACUACCAUCCCAUCACCAAUUUUUAUCAUCGGCUUUGCGUUCACCCAUGGAUCAUUGGUUUGGUGCUGGUGGUGGCAAGAACAGCAAACGUAAUAGCACUUGUACAACAGCUGACAUGGCAAGAGCUUCUUAUUGUCCACCUAGCAGCAACCGUAACAGCAUGCAUGAUAUCACAGCCAACCAUCAACUCACAACCAAAGCAAGCAUGGAUACAUUCAACAGCGCUACCAUGCUUGAACAAGGCGUACACCAUUAUGCUUCAGACAUUGGACAUGCAACACAACAACAACAAUACAAUGAAGCGGUUUCCAAUGCACGUGAAAACAAGCAACGUCCCGUAUCAGGAUCCACUUUACGAUCAGCUGCAGAGUCUACUGAAAGUGUGGUCGAAGAUAGGCAUUUGUUUAUGGUGCGACGUGUGAGCAAAAAGGAACAAGCACGAUUGAUGGCACUUGGCUAUCGAUUUGCCGAUCCAGUAUUUAUCUCAAAGACCAUGGGGGCCCAUUUGCACAUUCCAUCCGAUCAUAUGAAUACGCACUUUGAAGAUAUGCGUCUCUUAGCUCAUGCCGUGCCAACAUUAUUGCAAAUGCAAUUGCCAGCAUCCAUUCCACUUUCAACUGCAGCUGCUGCAUUAGGCACACCCAAUUCAUCUUCUGGUACUGGUGGCAGUGGUGUUGAUAUUAGUACAGCUGCUUUGAGUAGCCCAUCCAAUGGAUCGAUUCAUUCCACCGAACACGAGACAAUUCCAGAAGGUGCAACACGAGGAUCAGUGUAUGUGGGCUUAUCCGUUAUGGUGCAAGAAGACAAGCAAAAUGAUCCCAUGAAUGUACACAUUUUGGUGGAUAAGGCACGGCGAUACACAUUCCCCAUGGUACGAUUCCAAUACGCCGAUGGUGAAAUCCCAACACAGCUAUCACGUGAAGAACGUAAUUGUGUCUUGAGUUUACAUGGUCAAACGUUGCAAAACAUUGGCAGUGGCAACUCCAUUGUACUUCCACGAGCAAGCACGACUACCAACAACAGCACAUUGUUUGAUGCAACACGGUCAGCAGCAAGUGGUGGUAGCAAUAGUGAUUGGGCUGGACGUAGUGGCGAUUCGACAACAAUGGUGGGAAGCCGAUCACCUGAUAAGGCUGGCACAACAUCACCUAUUGCCAUGGCAGCGGCAACAUCUCCAGUAUCACCCAUUGACAACCCUGGUUACGGUAUUACUGCAUUGGCGCGUUUUACACAAGCAUUGGAAGAUGCAGGUCGUAGGCUUAUGGGAUGUUCCAUGUAUGGCAAACCUUUAUCCUCUGUAGCCAAACUACAAGGUGAAGUGAUUGAUAUUCCACCUUUUGCAUUGACUCUUGGACCAUGUCAAAUGAUUUUGUUCCGUGCUUGGGUGACGAGUCCUGGUACCAUUUCAGCCAUCAAUCAGACAUCAAGUGAGACCAUCAAAUGCUUGCCCAUCCCUCUUUAUCGAAGUCUCGCCUAUUACAUCACGGAUCAAGCAGCAUACACUUAUCGGUCACUUGCCUUACGCAAUGUGCCUGAAUCAGCCUAUGUUGCUCAACAACGUGUGUAUCAAUCCACUGCUUCGUAUUCACAACAAUAUUUGCCAUCUACACAAUCACAACCUACAUGGCCACCUGCAUCUACCAUGCCAUCAUCCACACCAACAGCAUCAUCUUCUACACCUGUACCUUCUUCACCAAGGCAUUCCAAUUCCCAUCAUCAUCAUCAUCAUCAAGCACAACAACAACAGCAACAGCCAUCAUCAUCAUUCUUAUCAUCCACCACCACCACUCCCACCGCCUCUACAUCAACACCUGCUGCUGUUGUCUCCAGCCAUCAUGAUGAAAACAAGGAUGAGGAUAAAUCAAUGGCUCAAUUUGUCUCAUUACCACCUCCACCACGUGCACGCAAACCCAAAGUCCAAUCACCACAUGGGGGUGGUCUUUCACUGGCUAGUCUGCAAGAUGUUGCUUCUUCUGAUACCAACAAGAAGCGGCCCUUUGGUAAUUCACUUUCCCUUACUAUCGAGUUGCCCACCAUCCUCAGCAUCCUUCCUACUCUCGACCGCUUUUGGUGGCUCAAUAACGUCAUUGAAGAAACCAUGCAUGGCGAUUAG